GCCGGGUCAGGUGGUUGGGUGACGCCCCGGGAAAGCGCUCCCGGCCGAGGGCGGGCGGCGCCGCGGCGCCCGACGCCUCUGGGGGUGGGGACUUCGCGGGAGUCGCCGGCGGAGGCAAGGAGGAGCUCUGCGCGGCGCGGCGGGCGAUCCGAGCUGGGACGGGCUGCAGGCGGCGGGGGUGCAGAGGACGCGAGGCGGCGGGCUGGAGAUAUGGACGGCGGCGAGCAAGGUCUGCUGAGAACAGAGCCAGUCCCUGAGGAAGGAGAAGAUGUUGCUGCCACCAUCAGUGCCACAGAGACCCUCUCAGAAGAGGAGCGGGAAGAGCUAAGAAGAGAACUUGCAAAGGUAGAAGAAGAAAUCCAGACUCUGUCUCAAGUGUUAGCAGCAAAAGAGAAGCAUCUAGCAGAGAUCAAGCGGAAACUUGGAAUCAAUUCUCUACAGGAAUUAAAACAGAACAUUGCCAAAGGGUGGCAAGACGUGACAGCAACAUCUGCUUACAAGAAGACAUCUGAAACCUUGUCCCAGGCUGGACAGAAGGCCUCAGCUGCUUUUUCAUCUGUUGGCUCAGUCAUCACCAAAAAGCUGGAAGACGUAAAAAACUCCCCAACUUUUAAAUCAUUUGAAGAAAAAGUCGAAAACUUAAAGUCUAAAGUAGGGGGAACCAAGCCUGCUGGUGGUGAUUUUGGAGAAGUCUUGAAUUCGGCUGCAAAUGCUAGUGCCACCACCACGGAGCCUCUUCCAGAACAGACACAGGAGAGCCUGUGAGAUUCCUACCUUUGUUCUGCUACCCACUGCCAGAUGCUGCAAGCGAGGUCCAAGCACAUCUUGUCAACAUGCAUUGCCAUGAAUUUCUACCAGAUGUGCUUUUAUUUAGCUUUACAUAUUCCUUUGACCAAAUAGUUUGUGGGUUAAACAAAUGAAAAUAUCUUCAACUCUAUUCCUGGGAAACACCCUUUAGUGUACAUUUAUGUUCCUUUAUUUAGGAAAUACCAUUAUAAAAACACCUAUAGUACCUGGGGACAUUCACUAGAAUGAUCUAAGAAGCUACAGAUUAUCAUAGUUGUUUUCCUACUUUACAAAAUUGCUCCAGAUCUGGAAUGCCAGUUUGACCUUUGUCUUCUAUAAUAUUUCCUUUCUUUCCCCCCUCUUUGAAUCUCUGUAUAUUUGAUUCUUAACUAAAAUUGUUCUCUUAAAUAAUCUGAAUCCUGGUAAUUAAAAGUUUGGGUAUAUUUUCUUUACCUCCAAGGGAAGAACUACCAGCUACAAAAAAUAUUUUGGAAUAAGCACUGUUUUGGUAUAAGGUACAUAUUUUGGUUGAAGAUACCAGACUGAAGUAAACAGCUGUGCAUCCAAUUUAUUAUAGUUUUGUAAGUAACAAUAUGUAAUCAAACUUCUAGGUGACUUGAGUGGAACCUCCUACAUCCUUAUUUAUCACCGUUUAUGACAGUAAACAUUUCAGUGUAUUGUUUAUUAUACUACUUAUAUCAACUUAUUUUUCACCAGGUUAAAAUUUUAAUUUCUACAAAAUAACAUUCUGAAUCAAGCAUACUGUAUGAUUAGUAGGCUGAACUAUGAACAGUCAUCAAUGUUCAGUUCAAAAGCCUGAAAGUUUAGAUCUAGAAGCUUGUGAAAAUGACAAUAUCAAUCACAUUAGGAGAACCAUUGUUGUCUUCAUUUAAUCCAUUUAGCACUAUUUAAAAUAAGCACACCAAGUUAUAUGACUAAUAUAACUUGAAAAUUUUUUAUACUGAGGGGUUGGUGAUAACUCUUGAGGAUGUAAUGCAUUAAUAAAAAUCAACUCAUCAUUUUCUACUUGUUUUCAAUGUGUUGGAAAUUGUAAAAUGAUACUGUAGAACCUGUCCCCUAAUUUGAAAACUGAGUGUCAGGGCUGAGUGAACCAAAGUCUCUAGACUUAUUUGCAUAAAGGCCAAGGUAUUCUAAUAACUACUUACUCAACACUACCACCUUUUCCUUAUACUGUAUAUGUUUAUGGCCUACAAUGUUGUAUUUGUUAUUUAUUAAGUUGUGAUUGUUUUAUUGUUUAUGCCAAAUGUUAAUUGCCAAGCUUGGAGUGAUCUAAAGCAUUUUUUAAAAGCAUGGCUAGAUUUACUUCAGCAUAAAUUAUCUUAUGAAAACCAAAUUUUAAAAGCCACAAGUGUUGAUUGUUAUAAAAUAACAUGCUGUCAUUCUUGAUUGCUAGAGCUUUUGGAUGCAAUUAAAACUAUGUGCUAUCACAUGUGAAAAGCUUAAUAAAUUCUGUCUAUCAGUAGUAUAGAUCUCAAUAUUUAUUAUGAGACCAGUGGUCUGGAAACAGCUUGUUGUAUUACAGAAUCAACUGGAGUCUAUGCUAAAAAAAGAAAAAAAAAAGACUUUUUUUUUUUUUACCAUCCUUAAAUUAUUGCUUAAUGGUAUCAUAUUAACAUAUACUAAAUAAGGGCUUUAAGGAACAGGCUGUUGAAGCAUUGUCUCAGAGGAGUGGAUCUGUAGAAGUUUGUCUUUCUAUAGAAAUAUUGUGCUUACUGAACAUAACUGUUAAAUUCUUUUUUCUACCAGCUAGUCUGCUUUUUUAAAUUCAAACAUAUUCUUUUGAUCACAUUGUUUCUUGAGCAUCCUGCCCUGCUACUAACUUUUCAACAAGGCAAAAUGGAGUAAAGUGGCAAUUUCUUCAGUUGAGUGAAAUACCCUCAAGUCUCUUUUCUGCCCAAAAAGGGAAAAGUGAUAGAAAUCGGGGUGGGAAGUCGGGUGAGUGGAUGAAGGUGGGUAUUGGGGAUGGCUGUGAAAGAAAAUAUUGGAGAAUCACUUUUCUGGGCAUCUACCUAUACUUAAUCUAAAAAACAAAAAAUUAAUCUACUGUAAAGUACUCUGCCCCUUAAAGGAAGUAUUAAAAAGAGGAUGGAUUUAGAAAAAAACAUGAGUUUAGAAAUAUUCAAAGUGGUUUUUGUGGCAGAUUCAAUAUUAUGAAUUCACAGAUAUUUAAGGAAUGAGAAACAGCAAUUAGUAGAAAUGCCAGAAAGAGUUCCUGGUUCCUCUUGUGUUUGACACUAAGAAAAUAGCAAGAGUGUGAAAUCUCAGAUACUUAAGAAAUCUCACAGAUGUAAGGACUCAAGUGUAGAAGAAAAUAUCCCCUUCUUAAAAAAAGAAAUGUCAAUUUAUGGAGUUUGUGGGAAAUAGAGCAAGAAUUCUUAUGCUUAUGAGAGCCAAGUAAUCAGUGGAAGAGAGUAGAGCUCAAAACUGGAUUAUCACCUUAGCAACUUAGAAUAACUUGAAAUAGAAAAAACCACAUUUAAUUUGGACUGUUUCUGGAUCUGUUAAGAUAUACACAGUCUAUUUUUUGUAUAGUAUUGGAAAAUAAAAAUUCUAUAAUUUG